AUGGCAGAGGUUGAUUCAACUGUCCCACAGACAUCGAUGGACCCAACUCAGAAUUUCGGACACUACAUGAGCGGAGCAGAUCAGAGCAGCACGGAGAAUAGCCACAGUCAGAAAAAGCAUAAGAAUGUUAAGUAUCGCUUCCUAUCGUCUACAGAAUGGGCCAUUUUUGCUCGGGGAGUUGGCGGGAUCAGAGAUAUAGAAGACAACAGGCCUGUUCAUCCGACCAAUAGCUUCUGGCCCCCGCACGGCAUUCCUCAUGGCUUAUAUCGCGACUGCAUCUACCGUCGUGCCAUUUCAUCCUACUCAUUUCACUUCAUCGGCUUCGUUCGCGCAAUUCUUUUUGUCCUGCAGUUGAUGAUCGGUGCCAGCAUCACUGCUCUCAGCUCUGGAGGCGCUAGCGACACAGCCAUCACUAUUCUCGCUGCGUCAAACACAGUCAUCGCAGGGCUGCUGGCUCUGUUGCACAACAGCGGUAUUCCGGAUCGAUACAGAUACGACAAGUCCGAGUUUCAAAAGGUCGAGGAUCACAUUAGAGAAGUUCUCGCCACGGGUAUUGUACGUGCGGACCAGUCGGUCCAAGAGGCUCUCGCUAAGUGCUACGAUCGUUUCGAACACGCCAGACGAACAGUUGAAGCCAAUAUGCCAUCGUCUUAUGCCCCAAGCUCAUCAACGCCGCUUUCACGACGCGGAUCCCAACCUCAACAUCUGCCAUUACCGCCGAUGCCGAUGCCUAUGCCGAUACCAGCACGAGCACCGACAACAGUGGCAUCAACACCGACACACACGAGGGCAGCAACAGAACCUAUCACACCGCCUAGGAUGAAGCCACUGCAUGCUGAAGUAGUCCAAGGGGAAAAGGGUCCAGCCACCAGCAAGCCUAGCGAAUGA